AUGAAGACACUCUUAAUUUGGUCUGUUUUGAUGGUACAACUCCUCAAGAUAGGACUCUGCUCUGAAAAACAUGACCAAAUUUUGUCAAUCACACCAACAACACUAGAACAAGUGGGGAUCUUGAAGAACAUCUCCAGUCAAUAUGAGACUGCAUUAUGGCAGCCCGUCCACCCUCAGUAUAUCAAAGAAGAAACUCAAGUUCACCUCUUCGUUCCUGCAAACAGCUCAGACACAGUCAAGGAUUUGUUGCAGCGAUACGAUAUGGGACAUGAAGUGUUGCUGGACAACACAAAUCUACUGAUUGAAAUGCAAACGAGGAACGAUUCCACGGACCCGAGAAGCAGCACGAGUUUCUAUGAACGUUAUCACAGCCUGGAAGAUAUCUAUUAUUGGAUCAACAGAACUGCUCAGGACCACCCAAACACCAUAAAAACAAUUCUCCUAGGUUCUUCAUAUGAAAAGCGGCCACUCUAUGCUCUGAAGUUGUCAUUUAACAGUGAGAACAAGAAUGCUUUGUGGAUUGACUGUGGGAUCCACGCCCGAGAGUGGAUCUCUCCUGCUUUCUGUUUGUGGUUUGUACAAUAUGCCUUAGCUUUUUACAAGCAAAACCAAGACAUAACUGACAUUUUGGACAACAUGGACGUUUACAUCUUGCCUGUGAUGAAUCCUGAUGGUUAUCGAUACACAUGGACUACGAACCGUAUGUGGAGGAAGAACAGGUCAAUCAGCCUGCGUCACUCCUGUGUUGGUGUAGACCUAAACCGGAAUUUUGACGCUAACUGGUGCACGGAGGGAGCCUCCAAUGAUCCCUGCAGUGAGAUCUACUGCGGUGCCUUCCCUGAAUCAGAACCCGAAUCUGAGGCUGUGGCCAACUUUCUGCGCAGUAAGAAGGACACCAUCAAGCUCUACCUGAGCAUUCAUGCCUACUCUCAAAUGCUGCUCUUCCCAUACUCGUGUACCAUGGAUGAAGCGGAGAACCACAAUGAUCUGCUUGAGAUGGCCCAAGAAGCGUCUCAAAAUAUCAGGCGAUAUUACAGAAACACUUACAAAUAUGGCGCAGGAGCACAGACGAUAUACCUGGCUCCUGGGGGCUCCGAUGACUGGGCAUACAAUCUUGGGAUAAAGUACUCGUUCACAUUUGAGCUCCAGGACCGUGGGCGCUUUGGCUUUCUUCUGCCACCAUCCCACAUUUCCAGGGCAUGCAAUGAAGCUCUUCUUGCUGUGAAGACCAUUGCUACAAGAGUCAUUGAGAAAACACGAGCCACAAGUCCUUCUUCAACUGCUUAA